UGAAAGACUUGGAGUAGCUCUCCUCUGCGCGAGGCUCACCGUUUUGGGGCUUGGCAGUGAGUGAUGACUACAGCAUGGGCAGCUAAAUUCUAGCUCUAGCAAUCUGGCACACACACUAAAACACAGAGAAAGAGAGAGCGAGAGAGUGGAUGUCACAAAUUAACCGUGGCAGGUGCAGUUUUUCUACUUGGAAGAAGCUGGAUAAUGCAAAUGAGUUAAAAGGAGAGAACAGCUUUUUAUGGAUUUAUCUGUUUGAUUGUAAUCUAAUGUGAUCCUACUUGUUUGGGAAGAUCACACAUUGUUCAAGAGGACCCGAAUUCCUUCUAUCCUGCUUGGACAAAAAAAAAAACAUUUCUGGGACUUUGCAUUCUAAAAGAACUGGUCUUAAAGUUCCUGCAUCCAGUUUUUAAAUCUUUAAUCGAAAAAAAAGAAACUAAUGGCUAUCAAACAUUUCAAAUGCACCUAUAAAGGGCACUCUCUUCGGAGCAUCAAUACAAUGCCUGGAUUACCCUUUUGACUGCCUUGUGAACCUGUGUGAGAUCACAGCGGAGGAGGUACAGCGGGGGGCUGAGCGGGUGGGAGCUGCAUUCCUCCACUUGAGACCGAACUGCGAAUCCAACAUCCUGACUGACGCUAGAAGACGAUCGGAUACAAACGCUGUAGGGACAGGAGUGGAACCACCCUUCACGGUCUGGGUCAGAGGGAUUGGCAGAAGAAUGCUGGCGCCAGGUGCCCAGGGGCAGGAUGGCACUGUGUUGGCAGAGAGCUACGGUUGUUAGAUGGUUCCUCUUGAUGCUCCUGUGGCACUGGGCACCUCUGGGCCCACUGAGCUGGUUUCUGGCUCUGGCUGAGCGUCUGGACCAGAAGACCUCACCGUUCUCUUCUAUCUCCGGCCGGAGCAGCGGCCAGCUGGACUGGCUCCUGUCUGAUAAAGGGCCCUUCCAUCGCUGUCCAGAAUACACCGAAUUCAAAGAACGCUUCCAACAAGGUUUCUCCACACGCUACAAAAUCUACAGGGAGUUUAGUCACUGGAAAGUGAACAGCUUGGUGACAGAGAAGAGAGACUUCUUUAAAGCCCCACUGCCUUUGGCGCCCGAGUUUUUACGGAACCUCAGGCUCCUGGGGAGAAGGCCGAGCCUUCAGCAGAUCCAUGAAAAUCUGAUCAAGAAAUAUGGCACUCAUUUCUUGGUAUCAGCCACAUUGGGAGGAGAGGAAUCACUCACGAUCUUCUUGGACAAACAGAAGCUGAGCAAAAAGUCAGAGGGCAAUGGAAACAGCUCCGUGGUCUCCCUAGAAAUCUUGCACCAGUUGGCGGCGUCGUACUUCACAGACAGAGAGAGCACCCUGCGAAGACUCCACCACCUGCAGAUCGCUACAUCUGCCAUCAAGGUGUUUGAGAUGUAUGUUUGUUGCCAUGGUAAAUCUUCAGCAAUUAAGGCCGCGAUGCCUUUUCCGUGAUGUGUCAAGUGGCUCUCGGUCUUACUCACAGCUGCUGAGUGGGUGUAGAAGUGCUGGUGACUGCAACAUCUAGAUUCCUUUAGAGGGAGCUCUGCAUGAAAUUAUGCUGCUGAACUGACACAAAUAUCAUUGACUUUCAAUCAAGAUAUGCACCUACAUGCAUUCAAUUACAGUUUUAUAUAGGAGAUAUUUUUGUUGGGGUAGGAGAUGUUUUUGCAAAUUCCCUUAAAGCAUAUUUCUCACUUGCUAAAAUAUUCUAAUACAUUUUGUAUUUAUGUACCACCUUUUUUAAUACCUAAGACUGCAUUACAGGGUAAGCAAGAAAAAAGUGAUGACAAAAUGAUCUUUUGUUAAUUUGUCUAUAAGUUUUUGCUUAGUAUUUAUAAACUACUAAUUACAUCAACGCAUUUUUACCGCAAUCGAUCCAGAGCACACUCACCAACGUUGCAAAAGCUGAUCAUGCAAUUUUCCUGAUGC